UCGCAAUGCCCAGAUGCUGAAGGUUUCGGCUUCUGACCGUCAGCUUACUGCUCACCUUGCCGCCCCAUCAAAAGAUUCAAAACAACCGGAAAAACUCACCUCCAAUAAACCCAACCAUCUUCAAAUCCUCAAGAAAUGCACCCAUUUAAUCCAAUUCAAGCAGGUCCACGCCCAAAUCAUCAAAACCACACUUCCCCAAGCCGACACUCACCUUUCCAAACUCAUCCAAGCCUUGGUUGGCUCUGCCCAUCUCCCCUACGCCCGCCUAGUUCUCGACCAAAUAACCGAGCCCUCGACAUUUGCGUUCAACACCAUGAUAAAAGGCUACGGAACAAAUAACUUGGGCGAUAAAGGAAUUGACCUUUAUAUCCAAAUGAGAUACCGGGGCCUUAACCCGGAUAAUUUUACUUACCCAUUUCUUUUAAAGGCUUGCCAUGGUCUUAAACAAGGAAAAGGAGUCCACUCCCUGGUUGUCAAAAACAAAAGAUUUAGCUCAGAGAUUCAUUUUUUAACUUCUUUGAUAACGUUUUAUUGUUCUGUCGGUGAUGUUGAAUCUGCCCGGUUGCUGUUUGAUAGGAUGCCUGAGAAAAAUGUGGUUACUUGGACUGGGAUUAUAAAAGGUUAUGUGAAGCAAAAGAGGUAUAAAGAAGGGAUUCAAUUGUUUUACCAAAUGAGGAAUUCUGGGGUUGAAAUAAAUGAAUUGACUUUGGUUUGUGUACUCUCAGCUUGUGCUAAUUUGGGAGCCUUGGAAAUAGGUAAAUGGGUGCAUGAAUAUACCGAUAGGAAGAAAAUAUUUUUGAAUCCAAAGCUUGGAGCUGCUCUCAUUGACAUGUAUGCUAAAUGUGGUCACAUUGACAAGGCUUCUCAAGUUUUUCAGACUGUGCCCUGUAAAGGUGUCUAUGUUUGGAAUGCUAUGAUCGGGGGACUUGCAAUGCAUGGUUAUGGCAUUGAAGCGAUUGACAGAUUUAUGGAGAUGCAAGGGUUCGGAAUAAAACCAGAUGGGAUCACGUUAAUUGCGGUUUUGUCUGCUUGUAGUCAUUCAGGGUUGGUGGUGAAAGGAAAGGAGAUUUUUCAAUCAAUGAGAAAGGUUUAUGAGAUUGAGCCUACCAUCAAGCAUUAUGGAUGCUUUGUGGACCUUUUAUGCAGGGCAGAACUCUUGAAUGAGGCUUAUGAGAUUAUAAUAAACAUGCCAAUGGAACCUAACGGAGUUUUGUGGGGAACCUUGCUGAAUGCCUGUACUGCUACUGCCAAUAUUGAGCUAGCUGAGGCUGCAAUGGAACAGCUGAUGGUGCUGGAACCGUUUAAUGAUGGAAACUAUGUUCUUACAUCGAAUAUUUAUGCUGCAAAGAAACGUUGGGAUGAUGUAGCUAGGAUUAGAAAGGUUCUGAAACAUAAACAGAUUGUGAGGAACCCCGGCCAUAGCUUAAUUGAAGUGCAUAAUGUUGUCCAUGAAUUCAUGGUUGGUGAUGGUAGGCACCCCUGUUCAGAAGAGAUAUAUGACAUGUUGGAAAAGGUUGCCAUAACCUUAAAAGAAUAAAGUUAGGUUCAUAGAAUCACUUAAUUGCAUCUAAAUUUUAGUUAAAUUGUUUGCGUUCAUGAACCUUUUGUUAACAAUCUGCAAGCGCUUGUGAUUUGUUUGAGAUGGUAGCCGGCUUGUAGGUGGACGUAGUGUGAAUGAAUAAUCUUAACUCUCAAA